CAGAAGCGGCAGAGAGGCGGAGGGUGGGGGCAGAAGCUAACAUGGAGUGGAGGAAGAGCUAUUUGGAUGCUGUGCUGGUGCCCGUCGGCCUUCUCUUCCCCCUCGUCUACCACUUGUGGCUGUGGCACAAGGUCCGGUCGCAGCCGCUAAGCACUAUAAUAGGGAUAAACUCCGCCGGCCGGCGUUUCUGGGUGCUUGCUAUUAUCAAGGAUAAUGAGAAGAAGAACAUUCUGGCGGUGCAAACGAUAAGGAACACCAUAAUGGGGUCGAGUCUGAUGGCCACCACCUCCAUCCUCCUCUGCUCCGGCCUCGCGGCCGUCAUCAGCAGCACCUACAGCGUCAAGAAGCCGCUGAACGACUCGGUAUUGGGCGCCCACGGGGAGUUCAUGGUUUCCCUCAAGUACGUCACCCUCCUCCUCCUCUUCCUCUUCGCCUUCCUCUGCUACUCCCUCUCCAUAAGGUUCGUCAGCCAGGCCAACUUCCUCAUCAACACCACCACCUGCGACCCCGACGCCGCCUGCCCGGUGACCCCCGACUACGUGUGCGAUCUCCUGGAGAGAAGCUUCGCCCUCAACACGGUGGGCAACCGGCUUUUCUACGCGGCGCUGCCGGUGCUGCUGUGGAUACUGGGCCCCGUCCUCGUCCUCGUCUCCUCUCUUGCCAUGGUUCUGAUACUCUACAAAUUUGACAUGGUGUGCGAGGGACGGAAGCAUGGAUUUGGUGCGAAGGUGGAGGAGGAGGAGGAGGUGAGGGACUGCGCGUGAGCAGUGAAGGUCGAAUGGGAAUGGAGCAGUGAGAGGCUCAAUCACCUUUUGUCUGUGGCUCAAUACUGCUCGUUGAGCUUUGCAGCAACCAUGGCAGCUCGAUUCAAUGAACACUAUUUUGUACCACCACGUACUAAA